AUGGCCACGAAUCUGGGAAGCAGUGCCAUGCAGACGGAGGACGAGGAGCAAUGGCUCUACGGAGGUAGGCAAGCUGGCAGGCGGCGGUGGCAGCCCCGACCCCAUACCUCCCCUUUUUUUCCCUUUCUGUUUGUAGCUGCUCUGGAGGGUGGGAAAGGAGCGCGCGCGCGCGGUGGAACGAAGGAGGAUGCCAUGCCGACCUAGCGGCGCCUUUGCAAACUUUUUCCCGCCGCGCCGCGUUCAAUUCUCCUCCGGCCCCUCCCACACCGCCCCUUUGGGCCGGAGAUCUGGGACUGCUGCCCCGAGAAUAGAGCCGCUGCGCCGCCGCCGGAAUGCAGCGCGUGGCAAAACCCACCGGUCCGCAGGCUCCCGACGCCGCUGCCCUGCCUGCUCUAGGGAAAGAGAGGAAAAGAAGGAGAAGGCGGCGGGGGGGGGGGCGGCGUCUGCCUAGGGUCGCUUUGGACUUCAACUCGGAGGGAGAGCAUCUUUCCUUCGCUAUCCGGUUCCCUCACGGAGUCGUAGGUAGCCUCCUGCCGUGUAGUGACAGUGGCUAUUUAUUACCUGCCUCCCAUCCUCAGGGCACUCCAGAGCGUCACAAGCAAAAAUUAUAAUACUUUUUUUAAAAAAUAGAGGUCUCGUUCUCCGAGCACAUUUGUUACAGGGCGAUACUGGAAGUAAGCCCGGCUGAGUUCAGUGGGACUUAGACUCCCAGGUAAGGCUGAGUACAGGGGUUGCAACUUCAUUCGUUUAAAGUUCGCAGUAUUCAGCCAAAGCUCUUGCAGCACCUUGCAAACCAAAAUAGCAAAUUAGUAAGGCUUUAAAAUAACAGGAGCUGUAAUGGCUUUUGUAAGCUGCCCCAUAAUGCAAAGUUUUCUGGGUGUAUUACAAUUGACAAGUAAGUAAUCAGUUUAAGCACCAAAUAUGUCCUAAAACUUUAAAAUCAAAAGCAACAUAAACACACACAACCCUCAAAUUCACUGCAUCCCCCAAAGUUAAAACAUAGGUUUAAAACUGAUAGAUCCAGACCACAUUGAUUUAAAAGGCCCAGUUUUUUUUAAAUUAACUUGGUUCCAAUUUGUUCAGGGUUUUAAAGGUUAGACCUUGCACUUUAAAAUGGGCAUGGGAAGGUACCCCUGAAAAUUAGAUUAAGAAGGCAGAGACUGCAGGAGAUGAGACCUGUGUUCAAAUCCUGCUUGAAGGUUUCUCUCUGGGACAUCUGGGUAGCCACAGUGAGAGCAGGAUGCUGGACUAGAUGAGCCAUUGGCCUCAUCCAGCAGGCACUGCUUAUGGUCUUGGUAGAAUUAUAGAAUUGUAGAGUUAGAGUUACAAGCUUGGUGGAUCUUUUCCAUUUUAAAAAAAGGAAAAGUUUCAUCAGACGUGACAGAGAAACUCAUGCUGGGUUUCUUUUCCAAGUGCUCACAGACUGUUGAAUUAUCUAUUCUAGGAUCUUUACUGGCAUUGGUGUCAAGCUCACUGGUAGGUAGUUACAUGGGUCUCUCCCCCCCCCCCCUUUUGACAAUGGGGACAACAUUUACCUGCCUCCAGUCUGCAGGGACCUCAGCUCCAAGAAUUCUCAAAGAUUACUGUGCAGACAAAGGUUCUGAUAUUACAUCCACAAGCUCUUUUGGUACCCCUGGGUGCAGCUCAACAGGCCCUGAAGAUAUGAAUUUAAAGUAGCUAGGUGUUCCCUUACCACCUCUUUUCCUAUCAUGGGCUGCAGCUCCCUCCUUGCAUCAUUUAUUAUGUUAUCACCAGGUUGCAUAUCAUGGACGUAGCUGGGGGGGCAGGGAGGGACAGCCCCCCCAGCAAAAGGCCUGCCCCCCAACAAAAAUCCUAGCUACACCCAUGUUGAGUAUUGCUUUCCAUUUGGGUGAAAACGGGCAAAGUAGAUGUCCAGCCGUUCCACCUUCUCUGUCACUCAAUAGUAUUGCUCCGUCUUCUCCACUAGGGGGCUUACUAGUUGCUUGUUCUGCUUCUUGCUUUGAACAAAGCAGAAUAAACCUUUUAAAGUUAUUUUUAACCUCUUUCCUUCUGAGCUUUGGCCUGCCUGCCUUCCUCCCUGCAACUGUUGACUACUUGUGUAUAUUCCUCAUUUGUGAUUUUCCCUUUCCUUCGUUUCUUAUACUUUUCCUUCUUAAAUCUCAGCUCAUCUCUGAGCCGGUUUCUUUAAAUGCCUCCCACUUUUUUUUCUUCUUGUUGGGAUUGUCUGCAUUUGUGCCUUCAGUAUUUCACCUUUAAGAUAUGCAAUAACAGAUGAAUUGAGCUAUACAUCAGGAAAGGCCUGUAUAAGCAGAAGGGUCUGAAGCAAAGUACUGAUGACCCCUGCUUAAUAUUAACAGCCAAGGAGUUGGACAGCCUAGGUGAUUGUGUACCAAAGACUUUCCCUUGUAUCCAGUGCACUGCAUGCUCUCAGUGCAAGGAUUCCACCACUAAAUAGAUGUGAGAGUGAGUAAUGCUGUGCAAGAAGGAAUCCUUGCACCAGCAGGACACUUACUUUGCACAGCAUUGAAUACGAGUCCCUAUUUCUCAUAGAAGGUGAACGUCAUGUUCAGGGGAUGUAUGCUAAGAGAAGGCAGUAGGUGAACAUUCUUGUCUGGAGGCUUAGUAAGGGCAGCCAGCUUGGCAGAGUGGCAUUCUUGAAGCUUCCCACUGGCUCUGUAUGCCUGCAGGUUUAGACACCACUGAUGGGGAAGGAAAAAGUUAGACAGCAGGAUUUCUAUAUGACUAACAGAAGGCAGCAAGGACCAACUGGAAGCCUUUAAUGGGAUGCAACAGGUGCUGUGGUGGCCAAAACGAAGAUAAAAGAGUCUUGGUAGCCAAGAGAAAGCCAAAGGGAUGACAGGAGUUUACGUGUGCCCUAGAGCGAGGGACAGCCCUGGGAAAUGAAAGUAAGGUAAAGCAUGAAGCGAAUCCAGAGUUAGUGCUGCUUCUUUGUGUUUCCAGACACAUCUCCCCUCCAUUGGGCAGGGUGUCUCAUUAGCAUACUACAGCGGCAGUUGGUUUUUGUUUUUUUUGUACUGAAUUUUUCAAAGGGGAAAAGUGACAUAAGCAUCUUGCAUGUUUUGUUAGGGAGUAAUGUAUGCAAAUGUAGUGGUAUGUUCUCUCUCUCUCAAAGUUUCUGAAGCUUUGAUAAAAUUUUCCUCUUCUUGAUGUAUUUGCAGUUGAUACUGGUAAUCAAGAAGAUGGACCAAUUCCUUGGUAAAUGUUACUUUAUUUUUGUAAUUCAGAGUCAAAUGCAUUGGGGGGGGGGGAGAACAGUUGCAGUACAUUUUCCAGGAUUGGCUUGCAUACUGUUACCAGCCACCCCUUUGGAAUGAGAUACGUUGGAGACUGUAGUAUCUUUUAGAAAUAUGGUUUAUUUAUACAUAUUUACACCUGAGUUUAGGUGGAGGGAAUGCAGAAAAUUAUACCCCAGUAGUGUAUCUUGUUGCUCAUCUCAUAGCUUCAGAAAGCUUUGGUCCAGAGCAGAAGCCAGGCAUGAUCUCUUGGUUCAGCCUCCUCCAACCAACACCACAUGGAGUUCUACCCCUCCAUACUUCUUCCCCAAAACCUUGCUCAAAAACCUCUGUAUAAAAGGACACCCCACACCCCUGUAUGCCACCUGUAACCCUCGCAACCUCCUCUACUCAACAUUGCUGUUGUCUUUUGCUAACUAACACACAGCUGCAGGGGAGAAUAGAAAAUGGAAAACAGUAUUUAUUUAUUUAUUUGGUCUCUUUUGCUGAUUGUGGAUACCAAUCACUAUUCUGUUGCCUUGCCAGACUUGCUGGUCAUUGUGACUGAGAUGUAUUUUGAGAAGGAGCCAACAUGGGUUCUAGUCUGUGUGUGUGUUCUGUGUUUAUCAGGGACACAGGACCUCAUCCUUUAAAAGACAUUCCCAAGGAGAGAAAGAUUGUCAGUGAUGAAGAACGAGAAUUGUUACAGCAAGUGAGUAGUACAAGCUGAGAUCUCUACCCUAGUGCUCCUCUGUUGUUUAGAUCUCCCAACUCCCAUCAGCCCCAGCCAACAACAUACAGGUGUGCUAGCCAGGGCUGAUGGGACUUGGAGUCCAAAACAUCUGGAAGGCACCAGGUUGGAGAUGGCUGGCUUAGAAUAAUGGUUUAGCUCUUUGCCAAGCUAAACAGAAGUAGAGGAGACCCAGAAUGGUUGGGAAGUUGUUCAGUUUGCUGGCAAAAUACAGUCAACUAUCUCAUAAAGGUAGAGUGCUUUUGCAUUGCAUUGCAUUUGUUUAUUUAAAUCAGGGGGUUGGGGAACGUCAGGGCAGAGGCCCAAAUGCAGCCCUCUAAGCCUCAAGACUCUUCCUAGCCCAUAUCUCUUGCCUAGCCGCAAACACAUAUCAGCUUACCAACCAUGCUUUGCCCUUUAUUGCUUCUUCCUGGCUGGGAUGGGUUCUUGAACUUGGAUUAAUGCCUCUUGCUUGCCUGGAUGGAGAAUAUAGAGCGGUGAGUGUGUAUAGAAAGUAGCAAAUGGUAAAAAAACCCCUGCAUUUGUUGCUAUUCUUCCGAUCACCCAGAAGUAAAUGUGGCUUUUCGAUCAAAAAGGACUUUCUUUCCUAGAUUUGAAUCAACAGAUAAAUAAAUAGCUGCCCAUCCUUCUCAACUCACUCAUCAUCCAUGAUUGCUGGCACAAAUAAAUUAAAAUAAAUUACAUACUUACAGCACAAGUACCUCUUGAGCAUUCCUAUUUCAAAGUUUCAUGUAACUAACUAAAAAAAAAAAAGCCUCUGAAUGUUUAUUUCUCAGGCUUAAGGCUGCAGUCCUAACCUCACUUCCAUAGGAGUAAGCCCCAUGGUGUUACAGGACAGUUACUUUUGGUAGGCAUGGUUGAGAUUGCACUGUGAACAAAGUCCAACAGGACUUAAAAGUAAUGUCAUCCCUAACUUAUCAAAUUUAUUGCAAUUGAAGUUGAGCUAACUUUAUUGGGAACAAGCUAACUUGUGCUGCUGCUUAGGUCUGUAUUUUUAAAAACUGUCUUCUCAUUGUGCAUGUCUUCUGUCUCCUUCCUAGACCCUUUCAGGUAGAGAAGACAACGAAGAAGACAGUGAUAGUGACAGUGACGACUACAUCCAAGUAAUGAUUGGCAAUAUCACAACAAGAAGGCCAUCUUACAUGUACGUCUGCAGGUGUCAGAAUCUGCUCUUGGUUUUAUCUGUGGUUUUGUUUUCUGUUAUAUUUAGAAAGGAAAGGGGAAGAAAGGGGAAGAAAGACUAAAUAGAGUUGUAUAGCAAAAAUUAAAAGAUUUACCGGUAGUAGUGGACCUUGGUCUGAAAAUUUGGAAGACUCCUGCCAUUGAGGGUCCAGGAGAAUACCAUGGCUGAUGGUAUCAAAGCCAAUGAGAGAUCCAGCAAGAACUUGGCGACACUCGCCCCAUCCAUUUCCUGAUAGAGGUCAAACAUCAGGGUGACCAAGAUGAAUUCUGUCCCAAACCCAGGUCUGACCCUAGAUUGGAACAGGUAAUGGGAACCUUUAGCUCUCCAGAUGGAGCUGAACUACAACUCCCAGCAUUCCCAGCAAGUAUGAAAGUCAUAGUUCAGUAAGAUCUGUAAUGCAAAAGGUUCUCCACACCUGGUCUAGAUAAUCAAUUUCCUUCAGGACUCCCUGCAGCUGCAUUGUGUCAACUUCUCUAAUAUUUGGCCCAAAAGGAGAGGGGAAUCUGUGACUUGAUAGUUGUUAAAUGCCAUCAGGUCCAGGUUUUCCAGGAGUAUCCACACCACUACAUCAAAUGAAGACACGCUCACCAGACCUUGAAUCCACCCCUCUGGCUAACUUUAGUAAGCCAUGAAGUGCAAGUGAAUUAUAGCUGGAAGGGAAAAAUCUGAAGCACACUUUGAGUACGCUCUGAAUUUUCCCUUUGCGGGCCAGCUCAAAUUCAACCUGGGCUACUAAGGAAACAACUUCCUUAGUAAGUGUGGCUUCAGAGUAUGCUCUCGAGUCUACCUUUGAAGUUUAAUCACCUGGUGUCAGGUGACUGACAGGUGGGUGGUCCUGCCCACCUGUCAAAGUGAUCCACAGUGAGUGGGGAGCUGGAUACAGUCCCACACCCCAGCUUCAGUGCAAGUUUGAAGGGCUUGCUUGAACUGCAAUUGUCAGUUCAGACAUCAACAUGGUUUGGUGAAAAUUAGGAAGUGUUUGAUUAAGUUGGGCAUGCAAAGAAAGGAGGGAGGACAUAAGCUCAUCACCAUUCACCAUGGUUUGGAGCAUGCUCUUCAUAACUGUUCAACUGGCUUUUAGCGAAUGUGAAAUUAUAAAGGUGUCAUAUGCCUUGUAAUAUGUCAGAACUAGGAAGUGAUCAGACUUGCUACGUUUCUUGGCUGCCUUCUGCUUCUCUCCCUCACAUCUUAGCCUGUCAAUUUAUUGUAGCUGCUCACUGAAGCCAAACCACAGUGCAAUUCAGCAGAAGCCUGUUCCAGCUGCCUGAUGCAGGCAUGAAGGUAGCCAGGAUAUUUGUUAGGGGGACAGGCCUUUUGUUGGGGGGGGGGGCAGAACCUUAUGUAUUUUUAUUGAUUUUAUUGAUUUUUGGGGGGGGGGGAGCUGCCGCUCUCUUGGCUAUGCCCAUUGGUGCAGAUAUGUUUUAGUCCUUUCUCGCUCCCUAGGGAGCGCCCCAGGAAUAGGAGUCUAAAAAACAACCAAGGUUGUGAAGCAACCACAUCUGGUACUGGUCUUCCUAUUACUCCCUGUGACGUUAACAUAUAUGAGAGUGCUGGAGGUUACCCAAUCAGGACCUGGGGGUGGAGUCAGAGGGACUAUAAAACCAGCUCUGGGAGGGGUGGCGAGUUCCUUGGGGAGUUGGUUGGAGUGAAUUGGGCUAGAGUUUGUGCGUAGGUUGAGUUAGUGUAGUGGAAUAAGCUGAGUCAGGAAUAGUUAGGGGCUAGGAAAACAAGUAAAUAUCUGAGAGGUGGUUUAGUGAGUGAGAGCUGGUAGCGGAAGUUAUAGCUCUGGAUAGGCACCCCAUGAUUGUAAUUGACCGAUACCAUUUAUGAAACCACACGCUUGUUAAACUGCAAUAAAUAAACAAAAGUUUAUGUUCCAAUUUAACCCUGACUGGACUCAGGAUUGUACCAGGUAGGGCCUGGGUAGUGGCAGCGGGAAAUAAAGUGGUGGCACAGGGAUCAAUAGAUGGUGAAAUGUCCAGGGACCCUGUGUGAUCACCACACUCCCACUGUGGCUUUUCCUCCUCUGAAGCAGUUAGUCAAGAUGGGCCGUAUAUAGCAGGGAUGGGGAACCUCAGGCCUGCUAGCUGAAUUCCGCCCGCCCUCCAGACCCUUCUGUUUGGCCCUUGGGACUCACUCCAAGCUACAUUCGUGCUCCUUGGGCCCCACCCCUGACUGGUUCUGCUUAGCCCCUGCUAGAGUGCUUUGUUCUGACUUUGAGAGUGCCUCUUGCUUGGCUGGAUGAACGAACCCCCAUGACUUCUGCAUGCCUGGAUUGUAGACUCCAUCGCUCAAUGCACCUUGUGUCUCUUGCCUUGCCAUUACUUGUAUGCAAAGCCCAGAGAAAUCUGAGGCGAAACUGGACAGCGGAGGCCCCAAUGUUAUACUGUUCAUCCCUUGUGUGAUAACCAUACAUUGCUGAGGAAGAUUAGAAGAAGGAAGCCAGUGGCUGUGUUAGACUAAUAGGCUUCCCUGUCCUGCCAGAAGAUUGUACAAGUGAGGUUUUUCCAAGUCACUGAACUGUCAAAGCAACCCGGAAGUACAACUGGAGGAACUCUGGGAUCAGAGGCAGAUUGUCCCCACUAGCUAGACCUGCGUGCUAAAUGAAUUUGGUUUAAGUGGAGGUUUAGGGAAUUUGUAGCAGCUUUUUAGAGGCAGCAACAGCUUCUCUUGAGCACACGGAAGACCUUAGAAUAAAUUACCAGUAUUCCCUCUAGUAGUUAAUAGUUUAACUCCAACAUAACAAUCAAUAUAACAAUUUCACAGCUAAGCCUGUUACGCCUAACUACUAAGGAACUUUAAAGGCAUUCUAAGCAUCUAAGAGAGUGGGCAGCAGCAGGAAAGUAUCCUAUGGCGUAAAUCUGUGUUAUUGUGGGAGGGAAUUCCAUCGACCCUGCAAUAUUAAAAGCAAGGUAGCACAAAUACCUGGAUUUGUGUUUAUACAUUGUGGGAUUGGGGAAACUGUUUCCCUUUACAACUAUAGUUAAGAUUAACCAUAGUUUAGUAUUUGAAUGUAAUGGAAUGCAAAAGCAUUCCUGCUACACAGGAGAGCGGUAGGUUGUCUGCAUGAACCUGAGGCUCAUUCAAUUCAUGAUAUAGUUUAUCCCUGCAUAUGAAUGCAGUCUUAAGAUGUCUUAAGUUUUUCUGUCUUUGCCCCCUUAUCUGUUUCUUUAGCUAAGUAGCUGAAACCCAUUAAUUUUUUAAGAAGGGGAAGCAGAAUAAUUUUGACAAAAACAACAACUUGUGAUUGAACUCACAGAUGGGAAUAAUUAAUGUAACUGAAGCUAAAUCCGUUGGGGAUUUUUAAAAGGGGGGGGGGGGGGAGAGAAAAAAGAAACCCUGAUCAAUUUGCUCAGCAAAUGAAUGGAUCAACAACAACAGAGCCUUGGCACUAAGCAUCUGUUUUCCUUCUUUCAAUGGCAAGUUGCAACCCAAAGGUAAUGAUUUAGAUGCUCCUGGGAAUAUAUAUGGCUUACCUGAAGCAGACAUGGAUUUGGAUUCAGCUGACGACAAACCAUGGAGGAAACCAGGUGGGGCCUCAAAGUUUAUUGUGGUCAAUACUAUCAGUUGAUUUAUUUUUUGCUUUGCAUUUCACAUCAUGGGCCUGUGUGCAGCAGGAGUUACAGGGUAGAUGGGAGGAGAGUGUGAUGUGUGAUUUAUAAGUGUGCUCCUCAAUCAGACAUUAAAAAAUUACCCAGCUGCAAACAUUUGGCUCAUACUUCAUUUUAUUUAUUGCCUCGUCUGAUGUCUUCAGAUUCAUUCAGUUCUUGUCCAAGUGCUUUUAAGCAUCUCUCAACCAUUUGUAAGGAAAUCUGUUUGUUUUUAAUUUAAAAAUGAAAUUGAACCCGAGAUUGUCAGGAAGCAGAAUUCCGAAUCCAGUGCCAUGUUCUGUGUCCCUCAUGGAAUCUUGGCAAUGGAUGCAGCUCUCUCACUGGAAUGUAUUCUGCAGCUUCCAUGUGUUCUCGUUCCUCUGGGCCAAGUUGCAUAAGUCCUUUGGGGUCCCCAGAACGUGUCUGUGCUGUGUGCUCACCCCCAUUUCAUUGAUUGUCAGGGCCAAGAACCAAUCGGUGCCAAGCUAGAGUCAUUUGUACUUGUAGUUGAAUGUUGGGCUAGUACCUGGGAGACCAGGGUUCAAAUCUCCUCCCAGCCACAUGAAGGCUCACUGGGUAACCUUGGGCCAGUCACUCCUCUUAGCCUAAGCUACUUUACUGAAUUGUUGUGGGGAUUGGAUGAGGAGGGGGAGAACCAUGUGUGGGAGAUUUAUGCAGCCAAACAUAACUGUAUAAUUCCCAGUAAGAAAGGGGUUAAGGAUCACAGAGUUCUUAAUUGCUAGAGAAGACUCAGAUUGGUCAUGACACCUCACCAUUGGGGAGGGAGGAUGCAAGGGUUAUUUCCUGUUCUUCUCUCUCUCUGUCUUCUCUUUGAACCAUGUAACUGAGCAGACAUCUGAGGCUGGGGCUCCAGACUCAGUCUGUGUGUUUGAGGUCAACUUCUGUAUUUUGUAACCAAGAAUACAUUACCUGUGUUGUUUCUGCUGUAGCAUUGAACGAUGCAUGAAUGAGACCUCUGAUUAUUGUAAGUAAAACAUUUAAACUUACUUAAGGUUGUGGUCUCUUCACUCCUAGAGGGGUUGAGGUGGGGGAGCACAAUUGUCAGUGCUUAAUACUGUACAUUUAAAGGUCUAACAGCCUAUAUUGUCCAUCCUUUGCAAACGCUGCACAUAUAUUUUAGUUUUAAACUCUACUGGGGGCUCUUUGGGCUAGACAGUGAGUCAAGCCCUAUCCUUUUUUUGAAUUUAGGUAGUCAGCUGUUGGGACGUCAGGAUUAACUGUUAUUCCCUAGUUAUUUCCCAGCACCAUGUACAAUACACUUUGAGCUCCUUGGAGAAAAAAUGUGGGAUAUAAAUGCAAUGAAUAAAUAAAAUUGUCACAAGCAUACUGGCUGUUGAAGUGCUCCCAAUUUACUAAUUAAAUAUACUCAUGUGCUUGGGACAAACUUUCAGGAAGUAGUUUCCUAGCCCUGGCAAGACCGUUGAGCGAGACAACAGAAAGUGGUCUUUUCCCCUAUGAAUCUCUCUCAAAGCUGCCUUUGCCUGGUGUAGACUCAAAUAAGUGAAACAUUUUGCAGAGGAUAGCAGGGAUAAGGAAAAAGAGAGGGGGGGGGAUUCUUUCAGACGGUUGUGAAACUGGAUUUUUUAAGUGAAAAGUUAAAGAUGAGUCUCUUGGACAAUUGCUGGGUGGGAAAUUUGGCUGGCUGAAUCAUUAAAAUCCCAGAACUAGAAUGGCACCAUUGUAUAAUAAACUGAAGCUCCUCUCUGAAUUUUCCCUCUCUUCACUGGAUUUAAGUGUGAAGGGUACAGACCAGGGAUCUGAGCAAGUUAAUUAACCUUGGGAGGCUGGUGAAAGGGUUAAAUUUGGUAGACAGUGUAACUGGUGAAACUCAUCUGCCAAAGUGUAGUGGUAUCAGAUAUGAUCUUGAAGUAGCUUGAACACAUUUUUAAAGCUUCCAGUUACUUUAAUUUAUGGAAGUCUUGACUAAAUCAAAAGACCCUCAGGAAUAUUUGCUCCUGAGGAGAAUGUUUCGCUGACGUGUGUUGCAGAAAGCAUUGCAGCAGCAGUGUUAUAACUGGAUAAUUGAUUAGGUGUCCAAGCUCUAAUCAUUACAUCAAAUCCACUAAACCUUUAGUUGAUUAAUGAGGGGAAACCAGUUUUAAUCAGUGGAACUUUUAAGGACAUACAUAUUUCCUUAUGGGGGCUGUUUUGGUUCUGGUGUGUUACUAGACUAGAGAAUGAAAAAGCUGUAAUGGAAGCAAGAGGCUCAGCAAAGUUUGUUUCUGCCCUUCCUUGCAUAACUGUCUUGUAGAGUAGGCCAGUUAUGCCUCAGCUGUCUGGUUUCCUCCUCUAUAACAUAAGUCAGGAGGGAGAUCUUGGGACCCUCACUCAAACAUUUACGAGGGGAUUGCACAGAUGUCUUCUAAAAGUCAGAUAGGGAAAUGAAGAUGUCAACAGGACCCAGCAGAAUAAGGAAAACUAAAAGGAGCAUCUGUGGUUCUAAUUUAUCUCAUCCUAAACUUUCUACUUGGGAUCAGGUGAGUAGCAAGGAUGGUCAGUUGCAGGAUUAUCUGGUGGGGGUGGGGUGGAUCCUGAUGUGAGAGAACAAAGGAUACAUAGCACAGUCCAUUUAUAAGGGGCUCAGGACCCCCAUUUGGCAGGCAGUUUCCAGCAAAUCAGAAGUGUGGCAUACUUACCAGGUGAAGAUUAACACUCCACUAAGAUCAGAUGAAGGUGGACAGUUACUGCCCAGAUUCCUACCCCCACCCCAAUCUUUCUGUGACAAUCUGAAUCAUUUUGUUGAUUUAGGUUGUGUUUUGGCUCCCACAAGGCAAAUGGAGCAGCAAGAAACCAGGCUUUUCCCUCACAGAAGCAAAUAUUAGAGAUAGCUUUUCCUUGUGACACUGACUGAUUGGUUUGUCUUUCACUUCCUAACUUAUAUCAGAAAGAUAUCUAAAUUGGGGCUAUGCUAGUCUACAAAAUAUAUUCAAGUGUACAGUGGUGCCUCGCAAGACGAAAUUAAUUCGUUCCGCGAGUUUUUUCGUCUAGCGAAUUUUUUGUCUUGCGAAGCACGGUUUCCCAUAGGAAUGCAUUGAAAUUCAAUUAAUGCGUUCCUAUGGUCAAAAAAAGUCCAAUCAAAGCCAAAUUUGGUACAACAAUAGUUUAUUAACUGCUCUUUAAAGUCACACAUACUUUAAAGAGCAUAUCAAAAACUGAAGGAACAAUAAAUUAAGUUUCUAAACAUGACAGAAAAACAUUUAAAAAUCAACAAAGUGUACUGUACAUGCAUUUUCUAAGACUCUGGGGGACCACUCGAAGAAGGUUCCUCUUCCACUCUUUGCUUCUUGCUGAAGAACCUGUCCAUGGUCUGCUGCUUCAUCCGCCUUUUCAGCAGCUCCCUGAGAGGCAACAUGACCGUCGUAUCAAAAGUGUUCGCUUGGUCAUGUGCCACGUGCUUGUUAGGGUGGUGCUGCUCUGCAAAAGCCUGCACCUCCUUCCACUUCUGGCAAAUGUCCCUCAGUUCUUUGGAGGACGGCCGUUCCUCAGUUGCUUCCUCCUCUUCCAGCGAGGCCUGCUCCUGCGCAACCUCUGCCUGCAGUUCAACCAGCUCCUGGGUGGUCAGCUCGUGGUCGUGCUCCUCCACCAGCUCGCAGAUGUCCUCCUCUGUGACCUCCAGGCCCAUGGUCCUCCCCAAGGCAACAAUGUCCUGCACCACUGUUGACUCUGGUGCAUCAGAGUCACUUGGUGCCACACAGUCCGGCCACAGGCUGCGCCAAGCGCAGUUCAAAUUUCUCUGGCUGAUCCCGUUCCAGGCCGUGGUGAUCAUCUUCAAGCAGGUGACGAUGUCGAAGUGGUCCUUCCAGAAUUCCCGCAGGGUGAUGGUGGUGCAAUCAGUCACCUUGAAGCAUCGCCUGAAAAGCUCCUUGGUGUAGAGUUUUUUGAAAUUGGCGAUGACCUGCUGAUCCAUCGGCUGGAGCAGUGGCGUGGUGUUAGGCGGCAGGAACAUGAUGUUGAUGAAGCUGAACUCCUCCAACAAGUCCACCUCAAGGCCCUUAGGAUGAGCAGGAGCAUUGUCCAUCAGAAGCAAAGCCUUCAGCGGCAGGUCGUUGUCCAGCAGGUACUGUUUGACAGCAGGGCCAAAAGCAAGAUUGACCCAGUCCACAAACAGCACACGUGUGACCCAAGCCUUGCUGUUGGAUCGCCACAUGACACUCAGCCGCUCCUUGUCUACCUUGUGUUUCUUGAAGGCCCGUGGGCUCUCCGAGUGGUACACCAGCAGGGGCUUGAUCUUCAGGUCGCCGCUUGCGUUGGCACAGAAGAGCAGGGUCAGGCGGUCCUUCAUGGGCUUGUGGCCAGGCAACUUGGCCUCCUCCUGUGUGAGGAAAGUCCUUUUGGGCAUCCUCUUCCAAAACAGCCCGGUCUCGUCGCAGUUGAAGACCUGCUGUGGAACGUAGCCCUCUGUCUUCACAGCCUCCAGGAACUCCAAGGCAAAGUCUACAGCCGCAGGAACAUCAGAACUGGCAGCCUCUCCAUGCCUGACCACGCUGUGGAUUCCAGAUCUUGCCUUGAACCGGUCAAACCAGCCUCUGCUUGCCUUGAAGACUUCUGGCUCGCCUGAGGUUCCUGGCUGUUCCCGGACGAGGUCUGCGUGCAAGGCCUUGGCCUUCUCACAAAUGACGGCCUCAGUCACUGUGUCCCCUGCACGCUGCUUCUCUUCUAACCAGAUGAGCAGCAACUUCUCGACCUCCUCCAGAACAGCUGGGCGGUUCUUCACGAUCCUGGUGACUCCCUUGGCUGCAUCAGUCACAAGGAUCUUCUCCCUCAUCUUCAGGAUGGUCCUGAUGGUCGAUGGGUUCCUGCCGUACUCCCUGGCGAGGUCCGUCACACGCAUUCCACCGUCGUGCUUCCAGAUGAUCUCCUUCUUCAUUUCCAGCGUCACCUUCUCCUUCUUCCUCUCGCCGGCCUCCGCAGCAGCAGCAGUCUUCUUGGGUCCCAUGGCAGCACAGCUCUUACCUUCGUAAACUCAGAAAAAGAAAAAAACAAUCAGCAAUUCAAACCCAGAACCAAGUCCUUGAAUUCCAAACACCCAACCCAAAAUCCAAAAACCCCCAAAAAGUUUUAAAAGUUUAACUUACGAAAUGGCUGCAAAUCACCAAAGUCUUCAAAAUCCUCAAAUGGCUGCAAAAGAAGUUUUGGGAAAGCUUUAAAAAUCACCAAAGUCUUCAAAAUCCUCAAAUGUUCCCCCAGCCCAUCCCCAACUGUUGCAAACGCCUCCCCAACUGUUGCAAACCCCUCCUCAACUGUUCCCCCAUCCACCCAGCACACAGAAAUUCAAACCCAGAAAUUUUUUCAAAAAAAACCAACAUGGCCCAAUGGUCACAGAAAACCAUAAAAAUUCAAAAACAAAAAAACAAACAAAAAAACCCACACAAGCUUCCAGAUUCUUGCAAACCCCUCCCCAGCUGUUCCCCCAGCCACCCAGCACACAGAAAUUCAAAACCCAGAAUUUUUUUCCAAAAAAACCAACAUGGCCCAAUGGUCACAGAAAACCAUAAAAAUUAAAAAAAAAAAACAACCACACAAGCUUCCAGAUUCUUGCAAACCCCUCCCCAGCUGUUCCCCCAGCCACCCAGCACACAGAAAUUCAAAACCCGGAAAAUUUUUUCAAAAAAACAACAACAUGGCCCAAUGGUCACAGAAAAUCAUAAAAAUGCAGAAAAAACCACACAAGCUCCCAGAUUCUUGCAAACCCCUCCUCAACUGUUCCCCCAUCCACCCAGCACACAGAAAUUCAAACCCAGAUUUUUUUUCCAAAAAAAGAUAAACAUGGCCCAAUGGUCACAGAAAAUCAUAAAAAUGCAGAAAAAACCACACAAGCUCCCAGAUUCUUGCAAACCUCUCCCCAACACCAAGUCCUUGAAUUCUAAACACUCCAACCCAAAAUCCAAAACCCCCAAAAAAAGUUUUAAAAGUUUAACUUACCAAACAGCUGCAAAAGAAGUUUUGGAAAAGCUUCAAAAAUUCAGCAAACUCUUUAAAAAGCUCAAAAAGGCCACCACACCGCGUGCAAUGUGUUGCUCCUCGAAGUCAAGUCGCAACUGCACCUCUUCCAGCAAUGCACCUUGGGUUUUAACGGUUUUACGAAAAAGGAAACAAACUUGCAAGACGUUUUCGUCUUGCGAAGCAAGCCCAUAGGGAAAUUCGUCUUGCGAAGCAACUCGAAAACGAAAAAACCUUUCGUCUUGCGAGUUUUUCGUUUUGCGAGGCGUUCGUCUUGCGGGGCACCACUGUAGUUGGCUAUUACCAAUUCCUUAAAUCAGUUGGCAGCCCUGGCGUUUUACAUUGCAGCUUGGAUUUCCUCCCUUCUUUUUUAACUGAACAACACCAAAAAUAUAAUUCUGGCGCAAUAAUGGAUCAGACAAUGCUGUGAAACUGAAAUGCUAUUUAAUUCCUUCUGUGUGAUUUGCUUAUAUAAGAGAAGUUAGAUACUUUGGGCAUUGAUUUCUAUAGUCAAACGUUAGGAUGGCAAUGUUCACAUGCUGAUGAUCCCAGACUGAUUUGGUUAAUGCUCCCAAAUUAAAGUAUUCCUCCUUUUUUUAGACAAAUGCAAUUAAAUCAUGACAGGGCCGUUCACUGAUGCGCCUUGGAGCUUGUUACAAAUACAAUUUGGUUUAGUGGACUCAAAUACUCCCUCCCAUCAGCAUGGAUUUAUUCUGCUUUAUCAAAGUUUGCUUUAGCUAGGAUUGUCUCAUAACCACAGUUUCCAAAUCUACUUCAGUCCAUAGUUAAGAGACUAGUCCUGGUCAACCCAGUACUUUUUUCAGGUGGAACUCACUGGAACUCAGUUCCAGCCCCCCAUAGCCAUUGCCAUUAUAAGAGAACAAGGGAGAAGUUCAUGUUGAGUUCCAUCACCUCAUUUUCUAGAAAAUUAGCACAGGUCAACCACUAACUGUGGAAUGUUGUGCCUUGGUUCUCAGAAAUUCACCCAUUUUUGUCUGGGAUUAUCUGUUGUCUGUUAAUGAGUAUGCUGAUAUUUACUGUAAUGAAAUACAUUUUGUCUCAGAGGUUGCUAGAUUGUUCCAGAUUUUGAUACUUCCUUUGUAUCCCACCACAACAUAUAAGAGCACCACAGCUGUGUUAACCCCAGAGCUAAUUUUUUUGAGGUUGUUUUAAUUUUUCUAUGACUCAGAGUCUGAAAUGAUCUACAUAUGCAGGAGAAUGAAGUGGUAAAGUAGACAAUACAACUUUGGACAGCAAGUGAGCAUUUAUGAAUGCUCCUCUGUAAGUAGAAAAUUAAGUAGAGAAUUAAUGUAUCAGCAGCUUCUGUCUAUGCUAGUUUUCUCUCCGUGUGUAGAUUGCUCUGCUGUUUUUAAAACAUAGGAACACAUUUUAAAAUGAGGUCCUCCACUGCAGAUUGAAGUGGGAUGACGCAUUCUCCCACCUCGAGAUUCUGCCAUCUCGUUCUACUAGGUAUAUGGAACCUGCCUCAUUCAUUCAUUCAUUCCCUCCCAGGUGCUGA